AUGAGAGCGGGUCACGAGCGCAGCCAGGAGUGCCUGCCGCCCAAGAAGCGGGAGCUGCCGCCCGCCAGUGUGGGUGCUGAGCCCGCCCGUGCCACCAGCACCCAGGCCUCGGGCGAGGGCCCCGAGUGGGGCCGGGCGGCGGGGCCGGGCCCGGCAGCCCCGCACUACAGCCCAGGCGAGGGCGCAGAGGCCGUGGCGGGGCUCACGGUGGAUCAGUAUGGGAUGCUCUACAAAGUUGCAGUGCCGCCCGCUACCUUCUCCCCCACGGGCCUGCACCCCGUGGUGAACGUGAGUCCCCUGCCACCAACCUUCAACGUGAGCUCGCCGCUGAUCCAGCACCCGGGGGUGCCCUACCCUCCCAUCCACUACACGCAGAUCCCUCCCACCUCUCUGCAGUUCAUCGGCUCCCACUACACCGUGCCCUACGCCGUCCCUCCCGGCUUCCUGCCUAGCCCACUCCUGUCUCCUUCCGCCAGCCUCACUGCCUCUCAUGUCCCUCACUUCGUGCCAUACGCCUCGCUCUUCACGGAGGAAACCGCUCCUUCUCCCCAGACUACCUCUCCUACCCACACCUUCAACAAAUCCACUUCUGCCAUCUCUCCAUCUGGCCAGGCGCAGCACCAUGCAGGGACCCAGCCACUAGAUAUGGCACCAGGUAGAAUUCCUGUUUAUUAUCAGAUGUCCCGCCUCCCGCCGGGGUAUUCAGCAUACGAGACACCUGGAGCGAGUAGAAGUCCAGAUCGUCCUCAGCAAGACACUGAGCUGUGUUCAGAGGUAGUUGCUGCCAAUGGUGGACAGAGACAUCUGGAGCAUAACGUGGUGAGGACCAGUGUGGCUUCAGACUCAGCCAGCGGCAAAGCUGAAGACGGUCUGCCAGGGGCUGCAGUGGGAUGUGUGGUCGAUGGACAGUUUCUUUCAGGUUACCAGACUUUGCGCACAGAGUUCUCUGUGCCCGCGCACAGAAGCACCCCAGAUGCUGAUCUGGAGGUGCAGAGGGUGGUGGGGGUGCUGGCGUCUCAGGAUUACCAUAUUCUGGCAGCCCAGAGGAAGGAUGACCUGAGCCCUUUAAACCUUUGCCAUAACAUCCCUGAUCAGCAGGGGGAGUCGAGGGAUGCUUUGAGGAGCACGGCAGAAAGGGCUGCUGCUGAGAAAAGCCAGUCCAGGAGUCCAUUUGUAACGUCCCCUGAUGAGACGGUUAGACAAAGACAAUUAACCAAAGGAAUGGUAAUAGCCAACGGCAAGCCAGUUCCACUGCCCGUCGCAUCUGAGCCCAUCAGGUCUUCCUCUUUGGACACCCAGGCGAGGCAGAGCCCGGAUGCACAGGCUCAAGGGAGCACGCUCGAGAAAGACGUGACCCAGCUGCCGCCGCCCAGCUCCUCGCAUCUGCCCUCCCACUUCAUGAAAGGAGCCAUCAUCCAGCUGGCCACAGGAGAGCUGAAGCGGGUCGAGGACCUGCAGACUCAAGACUUCGUCCGCAGCGCUGAGGUGAGCGGGGGCCUGAAGAUCGACUCCAGCACUGUGGUGGAUAUUCAGGAAAGCCAGUGGCCUGGGUUUGUCACGUUGCAUUUUGUGGUUGGGGAGCAGCAAAGUAAAGUGAGCAUUGAUGUGCCCCCAGAGCAUCCCUUCUUUGUGUAUGGCCAGGGCUGGUCCUCCUGCAGCCCAGCGCGGACUGCGCAGCUCUUUGCUCUGCCUUGUCACAGGCUGCAGGUGGGUGACGUCUGCAUAUCAAUCAGUUUACAGAGCAUGAAUGGCAACUCUGCUUCUCAGGCUAACUACCCUCUUGCAGGUCAGUUGGUAUCUGCUAGAGAGAGACCUGAAAGAACAGUGCAGGGGUGCCGAGAGCCACCUGACAGAGCUGCCGAAAGGAAGAGCCACCCCGAAAGGGACAGUGUGGUGCGGGGCUCUCCCACAGAAAGCUCUCAGCCUGAGCCUGGCAGUCAGCACAGCUGGGCAGCCCCAGGCUUCCAAAGAUACAGCGUGCAGGCAGAGGAGCCUCGGCCGUCCCUGCUCCGACCCUCUUUCAUUCCCCAGGAGGUCAAGCUGUCUAUUGAAGGGCGUUCCAAUGCAGGGAAGUGACCCCUGGAGGCUGUGAGCUGGGGCGUGCCCAACGCACGAGCCUUGCCUGUACCGGUGAAGAAAUUGCACAGACUUUGUGGCAGGUUCACCAGUAAAGCUGCUCCCUGCCCUGCAAAACUGGAUUUGCUCCAGUUCAGUGGCUGACCAGAUCUUCUUGGGGAAUCAAGAGGGCUCUGGUGCCCCAGGGAGCAGCAGCAGGAGAGCUGGGCUGGAGUAUGCGGGAUGUGCUCUGGAGCUCGGACAGGGUCGUUCCAGAGGCUGGGGCUCUGCGCCUCUCUGAGCUCCUGGCUCCCUGCAGGGCAGGGCCUGCACAUUCAGGAGAGGUGGGGAGAUGAGGAGGGCAGAUGAAGCUCAAGGUAGCAGAUAAAAUUGCUGAAGAUUUUAUUCCUCUUUUCUCAAGAUGGGUCCCCACUGGAGCUUAGGGACCCUACUCCCAUUAUCCCCUUUCUUCAUACAUGCACUUUAAAAGGACUGUUCACCAAUGGAGUUCUUGAGGACAGGCUGCAGAUGCUUCUCGGAUAGUUCUGUUUAUUGUCUCUUCCACUGAAUCCAACCGCUCUUUCUUUUUGCAAAGAAUCUGCAGACAUCUGCAGCAGUGGCAGAAAUUGGAGAGGAAGGACCAAAAA